CACUUUACAUUGCGCCACAACAAAUGGUUAAUGACGUUGGCUUCAACACAAUGCCGCCGAGCCCUCUUCAUUUUCUCCACCUCUCCUCACCAUCAGCAACCUCAACACAUCACCAAGCUCCUCCGCUCCUGCACCGCCGUCUCCGACCUCCAUCGCAUCCAUGCCGCCAUGAUCAAAACGGGCAUCGACCUCCUCCCCUUCCCCGCCGCCAAGCUCCUCGCUUCUGCCGCCCUUCUCGAUUUCGACCACGCGUUCUCUCUCUUCCGCCUUCUCCCUUCCCCGACGCUUUUCUCCUUCAACUCCAUUCUCCGAGCUCACUCUCUUGCCCCAGACCCGAACCUCCAGGAGACCCUUUCCAUCUUCAAUUCAAUAAGAGCCCGAGCCCUCUCGCUCGACCAGUUCUCAUUCAUCACCGCCCUCAAAGUCUGUAGUCGCAUACUGGCCAUCGCCACCGGGGAACAGCUGCAUUGUUUGGUAGCCAAGGCCGGUUUCGACUACUUUCUCAAUCUAAGGAAUAUGCUUUUGCAUUUUUACUGUGUGUGUGGAAGGGUUGCGGAUGCACAGCAGCUGUUUGAUCAAUUGCCUCAUAUAAAAGAUGCGGUUUCUUUCAGUACCCUAAUGGGAGGCUAUCUCCGGAUUUCACAGCCGGGGAAAGUUGUCGCCUUUUUAAGGGAUAUGUUUUAUUGUAGCAUGGAAUUGAGUCCAGCCAUCAUUGUCACCGCUUUCUCAGCAUUUAUAGAUGGUAAUUACAGCGGCGAACCCCUUCAUGGUUACUGCGUCAAGUCUGGGCUUAGCACCGAGCCUAAUGUGUCGACUGCAGUUGCAACUAUGUAUACAAAGGAUGGAAUGAUGGAACUCGCACGAAAAGUGUUCGAUGAGAUGACGAACAGAGACGUUGUUAUUUAUAAUUGCAUUAUGGAUGGGUAUGCUAAAGAAGGUUCAUUGGACGACUGCUUAGUUCUGUUGCAGAAGAUGAAAGGUGAUGGAGUUAAUUCAAAUGCUGCAACGCUUCUUGGUCCACUUGCAGCCUGUGCUUCCUCUGGAGCAUUGAGUAUUGGUCGGCAUAUCCAUGGCUAUGCAAAGGAGGAGAAGUUGGAAAUUCAAGCUUCUCUGGGAACAGCUCUGGUGGAUAUGUAUGUAAAGAAUGGCUGUCUUGAGGAAGCAAUCUUAGUUUUCAACCAAAUGCAGGAUAGAGAUGUCAAAGCCUGGACAGCCAUGAUCAUGGGCUUUGCAGUUCAUGGCAGGUCAGAGGAAGCUCUGCGGCUGUUUGAUGAAAUGGAAGAGAGUGGGGUAAGGCCUAAUGAGGUCACCUUACUUGCUGUUCUCUCUGCUUGCAGCCAUGGGGGACUACUAGGCUUAGGAAAAGAUUACUUCAAGAGAGUUGUUCUAGAGUACAGGCUAUGUCCUGGGAUUAAGCAUUAUGGAUGCAUUAUUGACUUAUUGGGUAGGGCAGGGUUUUUGCAAGAAGCUUAUGAGCUGGUGAAAAGCUUACCUUAUGGAGGAGAUGCCAUGGCUUGGCGAGCUUUGCUUGCAGCAUCUAGGGUUCAUGGAGAAAUAAGGAUAGGGAAGCUGGCCAGAGAAACUUUAGCGGCAAUGGGGGAGGAACACCCAACUGAUAGCAUCCUUCUAUCAAGCAGUUACGCCUAUGCAGGAAGAUGGGAAGAAGCCAGAAAAGUUAUGGAUUUGGAGUUGGUGGGGGAAGAGACUAUGAGCAAGGUUGCAGGAUGCAGCUCCAUUGAGAUGGCUGGUUUUUAGAGUUGACGAUGAAGAUUUUUUCUGUGGAAAUGGCAGAAGCUGAAGCCUCCAUUUGGGGCAGAGAAUUGAGGGCAUGACUUUUGUUCAAAGGAUUGCAGCUUAACUUGUAAUACUUUUAGCUAUUUCCUGAAGAAAAUUAUUUGGUUAAGAACGAUUUGAAAGAGAUGGCUCUCAAAAUUUAGAGCUAGAAACUGAGUCAAAAAGCCUAAGAAUUUUUUGUUUGGUUCAGACCAAUUCUUGUUUAUUGUGUGUGAACAUUACAGUCCUGUGAUACAGAGAAAAAUAUUUGUAUUGCAUCAUAGGCAUUCAUAGCUUAGUAAACUUGUGGCAUAAAUGUUCUUAGUAGUAUUUUUUGGAUGUAAGACAGUAAGUGUACUGUGAUGAAAAGUCUGGCAUGCCAUAUCUAUAUGCAUGUCCAUGUCGAUCUAUCAUAAUCUGUUAAUUAAUUUGUUAAUUAAUAAUUUGUCAAUCAAAUAUUAGUUGUAUUUAUUUGAAUUUAUUAAUUUGCUGGACUCGUUCUUGUCUUGUGGUUGCCGGUGGAUUUGAGCAAGAACCAAAAGAGCAGAGGUUUUAUUGAUAGAAGAUAGGUGGAAGAUUGAUCAGGUUAUAUCUCUCUAUGCUUAUUUCUUUAAGAAUUUAUUUCAGUUUUAAUGAUAAACCUAGAU